GAACGAUCAUCCAGGCUGUUUCAGGCGUGCCGAGUUCGUAGAGUACCGAGAGCGGAGGAUUAAAGGAAAUGGUUAACGAAAGUUUUGUGGCGCAAGCUGAGAACAAGGAAACAACAAGAGAGGAUAGGAUGCGAGACUUUCCAUUAAUUUAUUUUUCGCACGUCACAAAAAUAUAUCUGUUUUCGGAAAUGCGCACACAGGGAGGGUGCAGCACGCGCAAACUAUCUAACAGCACUAUGAAAGACAUAAACGGUCUCACAUCGCCAUCUGAAAGCGAACAUUCGCUCAAAUAAAGGGACACGGAAGGCACACUGAUGCAGCCAUUCGCUUUCCUGUUUAUGCAAAGUGCUAACGAUUCCCUGCUCCUUCCUGUUACACGCGUGUCUCCAAACAGGGGUUUGGAAAAAAACUGACGAAUUGGGGACCCACAAUUUCCUUUAUCUCUUUUUAUUUCGUUCUUUUUCGCACGUCCCGAGAAGUUGUGACAUCGUAUGAAGAAAAGGACAUGAGAUGUCGUGAGUACAGCAAUAAAUUGAUUCCAAGCUACGAGGUCUGCGAUGGAGUGUUCAACUGUGCGCAUGAUUACGAUUAUUACGGGAACCGUGAUGAAGAAGACGAGGACAGUGCAAUAUGCGCACCGCGAGACAUCCGUACUCGCACACCAGAGCUCACCAGCCUCGCCCACCCGAACGGCUCCCUACUGCUUUCGUGGACGUGGGGCGUAUCACCAAGCUCUGGCCUCGCGGGCUACUAUUUACGCGGCACCUCCACGGACCACGGUUUUCAGACAAAGCUGUCACCCUUGCAGAGUCGCUACACGACUGAUUGUAUCAGGGGAUACACCCUAUACAAUAUUACGCUCCGGCCCUUCUACGACGAUUAUUACAGCCAGUUCAAACUUGGGAAGGCGGCCUUUUUGAUCGUGAGAUCUCCAGCUACUGCUCCAGGAGCACCGAAGGAUAUCUUGCUGCAGCCGCAGCCACAAGCAAACCAGAGUAGUGUGGGAGAGCGGAACGUAACCAUCCUCGCACCACAGUCUUGGAACUCUAUUCCACUCGGCUUUCGUCUGCGAUUGGAACGCACGGAGCAAGAAAACGAACCAGCUAAGGAUUUCGAUUUGCCUGACCGUACGCCGAGAAGCGAGGAAGCCCUCGACGUCAAGCUGCCUUUGAAGCCUGGACGUGAAUACACACUGUUUGCCAGCGCGCGUGGAGUUGGAGACUUCGGGGAAGUUCUCGUAGGUCCAGAGACAUCGGUCACAUUGGAAACAGAUCCUCUGGCUCCCGCUAACUUAUCGGCUGGUACCAUCGACCCAACCAGCGUUAUGAUCUCCUGGCAGGCUGCGAGCCCUGCCCGAAGAUUUAUGAUUUCGAGGUUCUCUUACGGACCACGGCAAGAACCCAGUCAGACAUCGUCCGACUACGGGCCGCGUUACCUCCCUCCCUCCUACCACCCAUAUGACCGACACGCUGUUCAUGACAACCCCCUCGAAAUGUCGAGCGUCGAGAUCGACGGAAGUGCAGAAGAAUCUUCAUCCUACAGGAUUCCCCUGUUCGACCUCUUGCCAUCUGUAGAGCACAAAGUCGAAGUCAAGGCAUGUGGUACAAAAGUAUGCAGUAGCGAGGCAACCCUGCUUUUCACAACACCUCCUUCAGCUAUUCCUACGCCUCUCAUCACGACAAUCCUGUCGAACGAUACUAGUUCUCUCUACUUGGAAUGGAACUUCACGCUCCCGCUGCAGACCAUAGACUUGAGCCCGGAAUUCGAAGUGCGAGUGAAGAGAAAUGGCUUCUACCGGCUUGUGCGCACGCUUGAGAAGGCAGCCAUGAUAAGGGAUCUGAGCUCAGGCACCGAGUACGAAGUUGAGGUGCUGCUGUCUCUGGAGAGGACGCCAGGAAUGCGAGAAUACGGCAGCCCCGCAAGAGCCACUAUAAGCACUUGGCCCCUUGUUCCCUUGGCCCCAACAUUGUCCACCAAGGGAUACGAAACCGCACCAGACGUAGCGGUGGUGUCAUGGACGUUUGUCAACAGCACGGUUACGCAUGUCGAGCUUGCGACAAACUACAGCAGCUGGGUGAACUGCGAGAACUCAAUGGAUUGCGACGUGUUUGCAUUUCACGGUUGGAACUCCUCGUUUAAAGAAGGCUUUGUGAGGAUCUCUGAGCUUAAUCCGCACACGACCUACUCACUAUCUGUAAAAGGCUGCAACGACCUAGGAUGUGGUGACAAUAACACAGUGGUCAUCACCACUGACAUAUCAGAGCCGGGGGAACCGACAAGCCUAACAGUGAAUGCAACAGAAAGUGAUUCAGCUUACCUCGAGUGGAAGACGCCGAAUGAACCGGGAGGACCGCUGACAGGCUACGUUGUCUCUUGGCAGUGUGACCAGGGCCACCUGAUGGCUGCGACUACUGAUGAAUCUUUUCUUACCAUCCCUGGUCUUCCUAACGUGGCUCAGGAGUGCACGUUCUCGGUGUCUGCUUUCAACACGGCAAAAGGCGAGCGGGAGCUACGCGGGAAAUCAGCCACAUUGACGACGCCUUGGCCGCCUCAGAAGUGAUCUGAACACCACGACCACCAUGGCAUCUCACGCACCUGAAAACCCCUCAAGCAGACUCUGAUCG